AUGGACUCGUACGGCCACGCCUUUGCCGCGUUCGCCCCGCUCGUCGCUGCUGGCGCCAAGGAUGCCGUGCUCGCCAGGACUUUCGAGUCCGUCGAGGACAUUCUUGCCCAGGCCGAGGAGACUGAGCGCCUGCUCUUCCUGUCCACCGGCCUCUCCUCGACAUCGUUCGUCAUCCGCAGCGCCUUCGACCUCGCUGCCGCCCUCAACAAGGCACCCCCGGCCAAGCCUGCCCAGAUCACCAAGCUCGCGCGCUACUUUGAGAACAACGUCCACGCCUCGCACAUUGAGGAUGUCCACGCCACCCUGACCGCACUCAGCACCCUCUCGAACAACGCCUUCUUUGUGCCCCUCGCCAUCACCCCGGUCGCAAUCCGCGCAUCCCAGCAAUCUCCCCGCGUCUCCGUCCGCGUGACCAAGGCCAACGGCGAUGCCGCUGGUGUCCCGCUGACCGUCAAGCUUGUUCGCUCGGCCUCGAAGCCAGUCAAUGUGGCCCUGACCGCCGACGCCUCCGACGCCUCCUUGUACUCGUUCGAUCUCGUCGAGCUCGUCUCUGCCUCCGGCUCUGGCGUCUACGCGCUUGAGAUCUCGGCCUCCCCCGCCGGCACUGGCAAGCAGAGCGUUCUUUGCCAGGCACGGCCAAAGUUCUCGGUCUCUCCGUUUCCCGCUGCAUCCUCCAAGGCUGUCGAUCUCAAGUUCCCCGCCGCUGCUUCUUCCAAGUUCUCGGUGGACUUCCUCCAGAAGAUUAUCGUUCGCUUCAGCCUCACCGACGCCAAGGACCAGCCGUUCAUCGCACACCAAGUCUUUGCGCGCGUCAGCAACGCCCGCAACGACGUUGAGCACUUUGUCAUUGGCGAGCACAAUGCGCAGACCAACCAGUACCAGAUUGUCCUUGACAUUUCUGCGAUUGCUGAGGCACUCGACGCCGCCAGCGACGAUUAUGAGAUUUCGAUCAUUGUGGGUGAUGCUGGCUUGGCCAGCGCAAUCAACUGGAAGAUUGGCACCUUUGCCAUCUCCUUCCCCGAUAGCUUCAAGGCCACUCUCCUUGCCGCCCGCAAGCCCGUCUCGACCGUUGGUGGCUCGCGUGCCGACUUUGCCACCAAGAAGGAGAUUCACCACAUCUUCCGCGUCCCCGAAAAGCGACCCCCGAUCAUUGUUUCGACCGUCUUCAUUGGCCUGGUCCUUGCCCCCGCUGCCUUCCUCCUUGUCGCUUGGGGUCUGAUCGGCGCCAAUGUCAAGAACAUGUCAUUCCACCCGAUUGCCCACGUCUUCCAUGCAAGCAUUGCUGGUAUUCUGCUUAUUUUGGUCUUGUUCUGGCUCCACCUGAGCUUCUUCACCACCCUCAAGUACCUUGCGCUUGUUGGCAUUGUGGCUGCUGCUUCUGGCAACCACACGUUGCGACGAAUUGCUGCCGCCCGCGAAAAGGCCAGCCAGUAA